AUGCCUCCUGUCGUGCGCCGCGCACCGCUCUCGGAACGCAUAAAAGCCUACUUUGACCUGUCCGACUGGCUCAUCUGGAUAUCCGAAGAGCUCAACAGCUCCGAUUGGGAAGAAUUUGCAUCUGCUUAUGCGCUGUACAUUGGCUUUGGCGCAAACCUACUCUUCGUUCUCGCCCAAGCCAACAGCGGCGCAUCCACGGCCUCGGACGACGAUGGCGUCUUCAACGAGGUGCAGGGCCCAGGAUGGAUAAAGUGGAUCAUGGGCCUGCUGGUGCUGGUGCUGGGUGUGGCUAGCUUUGGCAAUGCGUGGCUGGUCUGGGGCAAGAAGAGGUAUUACCGUCUCUUCGAGCAGAGCGUCGAUGUUGCGCCACAGACACCUAGUGCGAAGCGCGUUAGGGUCGACUCAUCGCCUGCAGCAGCGAGUCCGAUGCAGUUUGUGAGGAACUUGGUGCAGAACAACGCGGCGAGUCGGGCGCAUCCUGUCGAGGGCAGAGACGUUUGGGAGGUGGCGGUUUGGGAUCCAAAUCCGCUGUGUCUGGAGUUGUUCUGCUUGUUCAGCCCGUUGCACGUGGUACUCUACUACUUCAACCUCCCAGUCGCUCCGUUGGAUCCGAGACCGAGUGUCAGGGUGACCACGACUAUCUUCAUCGGAGCAGCGCUGUCGCUUCAUCUUUGGUGGCUUAGGAGCUCCUUCAUGCAGCAGGCCAAGGACAACUCUCUGAUCAGUCGCCAAGUGCUUCACGAGUACGAUAGCAAGUUCGUUCAUCCCGCGUUGCAGAAGCCGUGCCGCGACGUUGGUAUCCAGACCAUUUCAAAGAACCGAACCCGUGACUCGAGUGUCGGCGUCAAGGGCAGCAGCAGUGAUCUCGCGAGCUCAGUCGUCACAUAUACGCCAACCACCAUUGUUAACCGCCGCACUUUCCGUACGAACCCGAACGCAAGCUACGCCUCACAAUACGACCCUGACGAUAUGGCUUCUCCGUCUGUCACGCGAUCCCUGAGACGUAGACCCUCCCUCCACCAAGACCACAGCAGCUCGCAGUAUGCAAGCACAUCCACAGCAACAGGUCCUGACUUCUCCUCUCCUAUUCGACCCUCGCAAACACCCAACCCCUUCCGUCAAGCACCCACUAUUCCCAGGACCAACAGCAAGCCUGCUGACGGCGGUUAUCUGGGGAUAAACACUCAUGCCGCGUCUCCUCUACGAAAGUCGGCAAGUGCAAACUUUAUAAAGGAUGGCGAGAGGAGUGCGAGCCGUGGGAGGGACAGUCUAGGUGGCGCCUUUGAGCGCAGGGCUAGUCCGAGCAAGCGGGAUGUCAGCCCUCUGAAGCGUAUCAGUCUUGGAAACUUGAACGCCGAGAGGGAGAGGGGAGAAAAGACUUUGGGUCAGGCGGGUAGCCUAGGAAGGAGUACUCAGUACGGUAGUCUUGGUGUGGGACGAAGGGAAAGCGGACGAUACUAA